UUUUAUUUCUCUUUCCAGUUCCUGCAAUAAAUUAGCUGAAAAACUCAAAAUGAAGACUGAUACUUUGGAUAAAAUCUGCUGCUUCUUGGCCGAACUCGUUGGUACCGCCAUGUUGGUCUUCUUGGGCUGUAUGGGCUGUGUCAGCACCGAAACCUUCCACAACAACCAUUUGCAAAUGUGUUUGAAUUUCGGUUUGGUAGUCAUGGUGGUCAUUCAAUGUUUCGGUUGUGUAUCCGGUUCCCAUUUGAAUCCAUCCGUCACUGUUGCUGCCUAUAUUUAUGAAAUGGUAUCGGCGCCCAUGGCUAUUGUCUAUUUCUGUGGUCAAAUGUUGGGUGGCUUCAUUGGAUAUGGUUUGUUGAAGGUUGUAUUGCCCGACAGCGUGAUCAACACCCCCGCCACUGGUUUGUGUGUAACUUUGCCACAUGCUGAUAUCACUCCCGGUCAAGGUUGCAUUAUUGAAUUCAUUGUUACCGCCGUUUUGGUUUUGGUCUGCUGUGGUGUCUGGGAUCCACGUAACUCCAAAUUCCAUGAUUCCGUUCCAAUUCGUUUCGGUUUGGCUAUUGCCUGUUUGGCCAUUACUGCUGGUCCCUUCACUGGUGCCAGUAUGAACCCUGCCCGUUCCUUCGGCCCCGCCUUGUGGCACAACAACUUCGCCAGCCACUGGAUUUACUGGGUUGGUCCCCUUGCUGCCGCCGCCAUUUCUGCCUUCGGUUACAAGAUUGUGUUCAGACGUGAAGUCAAGGAAGAAGCCGUCCACCACAAAUUGCGCAACUUGGAAGAUGUUCCUUUGUCAUAAAUCCAACGCACCUUCCCCUUCC